AUGCUUGGAGUCCUCUUUGCUGUGCUGACUCUGGCAGCUGCAGCCUUUGGCUGUGGGGUUCCUGCCUACCCACCCGCCAUGUCUAGAGUUGUUGGAGGGCAAGAUGCACGACCGUACAGCUGGCCCUGGCAGGCCUCCCUUCAAUACAACUCAAAUGGCAAAUGGCGUCACGUCUGCAGAGGAACCCUCAUAGCAACCAACUGGGUGAUGGCAGCUGCACACUGCAUCAGUUCUUCCAGGCAAUACCGAGUAUAUCUUGGAAAAUACAACCUGGCAGCUGUGGAAGAAGGAUCAAUUGCACUUUCUCCAGAAAAAAUCAUUGUCAAUGAGAACUGGAAUCCACAGAAAGUUUCAAAUGGGUAUGACAUCGCUUUGAUCAAACUCACUGAACAUGUCACCUUAAGUGACCACAUUAAGCUGGCCUGCCUCCCUCCCACACAAAGCACCCUAUCAUCCAACACUGCCUGCUAUGUGACAGGAUGGGGGCUACUGCAAACAAAUGAAGCUCUUCCAGAUGUCCUGCAGCAAGGCCUUUUGCUGGUUGUAGAUUAUGCAACUUGUUCCAAGCUGAGCUGGUGGGGAAGCACAGUGAAACCCAACAUGGUCUGUGCUGGUGGGGAUGGAGUCACCGCCAGUUGUAGUGCAGACUCUGGUGGCCCACUGAACUGCCAAGGUGCUGAUGGCAGGUGGGAAGUGCACGGUGUCGUCAGCUUUGGCUAUGCUCUUGGCUGCAACUAUUAUCAAAAGCCUUCUGUCUUCUCUCGGGUCUCUGCUUUCUCUGCUGGAUCCAGCAGAUGUCCUCCCUCCUCCAAUGCUGGUGGUAGAAAAACAGUUCAAAGGAUUUUGUCAGCAUGCAUGGUCUCCCUCUGCAGCCUCCUUGGAGCCAUUUCUUUUGAUUUGAGCAAUAGCUUGGAAACAUGGAGAAACACAGGGGAAGCCCUUCAGGAACUUGCCUCCUGUGAAAACCUUUGGGCUGUUCGCCUCAUCUAUCUCCUGCAGGAAGAAAGACACAGCUGGCUGUUCCCAGCAGCAGACAAGAGGAAUAGAUCAUUUCAUGCUCAGCUAUUGGGGAAUUUAAACUCCCUCUGUAAGGCAAAUGAAGCAGAACUGUAUUGUGAGAAUUGCCAAUGCAAGGAGGAGAAAAUCUCCAUUUGUAGAUUUUACAUCAUUGACAUGAGACAAAAAUUAAAUAGCACAGGGAAUAAUGAAGCCAGGCAGGUGCUAUCCAGAGCGAUCUCUGAACUGCUGGAGCGUUUUAGUAGUCCCUAUGAAGACCUCAAAGCUAUGAAAUACAAUCCCGACUGGGCAGACGUAGUAGCUUUUAAACUCAUCCUUCAAAUAAGAGAAGCCAUGCUUAAAGCUCAUUUAAUUCCAGCAUCUACAAGCUUUCAAACAAUAUUACAUCAAUUUUUUGCCAUUCUGAACUAUGCGAUCUUCUCAUCAGAGAGCGUACAUAAGUGCUGGAUGGAUAAUGUCAAUCUAUCACUUCAUCUCACCCACUAUGAAGGAAUCUCUUUUUUCAUCCCAGUCCUAGGCUCAGAUGAAUUUGUGUCCAUUGAAGCCUUGGUAAAGGAACUGUAUUAUGCACAGAGCUGCCUCCUGCAGAAGGGACAGGAAAAGCUCAUCAAGAAAUCUAAAGAAAUCCUGUCCACGAUGAGCCUUAAGAUCAGUCUGUUAGCGAUAGCCUGUCUCAUUUACCCCAUAAUCCUGAUAUCCUUCAAGAAAAUGACAGAUUGGAUACACAAUUAUGCCAGGAACCUCAAGGAAAAGACAGAGGAUUUAAAAAGGGAGAGGCGGCUAGCUGAGGACCUCUUACACCAGAUGUUGCCAAAAUCUGUGGCCAAGCAGCUAAGGAAAUACCAAAAAGUUGAGGCAGAAAACUAUGACCAGGUGACUAUCUUUUUCUCGGACAUCGUGGGGUUCACAAGUAUUGCUGCCUCCUGUACUCCCUUGCAAGUUGUUGAGAUGCUCAAUAAUCUGUACGUCUGCUUUGACAGCAGGAUUGAGUCUUACGACGUUUACAAGGUGGAAACCAUUGGUGAUGCCUACAUGGUAGUGAGUGGCCUGCCAGAGAGGAAUGGCACCAAACACGCUGACGAGAUCGCUAAAAUGUCUCUGGACCUGGUGGCAGCAGUUCGUCAGGUUGUGAUCCCUCAUAUGCCGAUGGGCAGACUGCAGCUGCGGGCUGGGAUACACACAGGACCCUGUGUAGCUGGAGUUGUGGGGUACAAAAUGCCUCGUUACUGCCUUUUUGGGGACACUGUAAACACAGCCUCCCGCAUGGAGUCCACCAGCUUGCCACAGAAGAUCCAUAUCAGUUCUGCUACAUAUGAUGCUCUUCUCACAGAUGAUGCAUAUGAAAUUGAACUAAGAGGAGAAAUUGAAGUCAAGGGCAAAGGGAAAAUGAAAACCUACUGGCUUCUUGGUAACAAGAACUAUAGUGUCCAAAAUGACAGCCUGGUGUGUCACUGGAAUCCAGCAAUGUCCAAGAAAAAGAAGAUAGAAAGUAGCCAGGGAUCUGUCCAACAAGUAAGCAGCGUAGUACAGGUGCUGCGGGAGAAGCACCGGCUGAGCAGAGCCCUGCGACACCCUGGGAUGAGCUGA